GGCUGCCGUAAACUGUAACGUUCAUGUGUCACAGGAGAAGUUCCCUGCCACAGUUAAUGAAGAUUUCGAUCCGUUUUUAAGUAUCGAUUUAGGCUCCUGUUUACAAAGACAACAGCUGUAAGUAUUUUCUUUACUCUGUGUUUGGCGAAAAAUGUGACUUACGCUGGAAAAAGAGUAAAGACUGAUAUAUUAUUGAACAUAUUUUCUACCAAGCGUGUUAGCCAGUUAGCAGUCCACCCUGGAGUCAUGUAAUGUCAAACAGGAAAGAGGUGGAAAUGGACCAAACUGUUUCAAUAUUCAGCGAAAUUUUUCACGUUACAAGUUGUAGAUAUGUUUACUUUUUAAGCUUGUUUGUGUACGCCCCUGUAAGAUUAGAAACACAUAUAAUUCUUUUAUUAUGCCUAUCAUGGAGAUAACGGCAUCAAAUCGUUUAUUAUUAGGCGCUUUUGGAUAUUAACUCAACUCAACUCAACUUUGUUUAUAUAGCACUCUAAAUACAACCACAGCUGACACAAAGGGCUGUACAUAAUAACAUAAAACAACAAUAAAUAGUUGUUUUAAAAGUCAACUGAUCAGUGAUAGCCAAUAUUAACAGCAAUAACAACAAUAAUGGUAGUAAUAAUAGGUGCUUUGACAUACAAACAUGGAUACACAAAACAAUGACAUAAAGGUUAUCAUAAAGGCCUCAUCUUCUAAUCUUCUAAUGCAGGUCCUCUCAAAGCUGAGGCACCCUGACAGGAAUGGCCAAACAUCUCAAACCUGAAGCUGUUGCAGAUACUUACAUCAUUUUCAUGUGUUUGAGAUCAGGUUCUACUGGCCCCUUCACUGUUUGAUGUCUGUGUCCUUCUGAAAUAGCAGAACAGUUGGUUGUUUCUUUUCUGGCAGUCAUCAUGUCAAACCCGACUCUGCUGGUCCUGUACGGGAGUCAGACCGGGACGGCUCAGGACACGGCUCAGAGGAUCGGCCGGCAGGCACAGAGGAGAAGAAUGAAGGUUCAGGUUCUGCCUCUGGACAGCUACAAUGUGGUGAGUGAUGUUUCUAGUUAAAGACAAGAUCAUGCUGGGACUGAGACGCUGUUUUUGAGGGUUUAAUCCUCUCUGCAUUUGGUUGUUUUGAGUCUCUGUAAAGUACCAGGAUACAUCAUGUGUUUUUGCUCUCAUCAAACAGGCCAGCUUGAUCUCAGAGUCUCUGGUCGUCUUUGUUUGUGCCACCACUGGACAGGGAGACCCUCCUGACAAUAUGAAGGUAACUUGAAGAGGUUCAACUCUUUCUUUCCUGAAUCUCCUUAGUUUUACAUUUCUGUCCUUUUUCUCCUGUCUUUUUAGAACUUCUGGAGAUUUCUCUUCAGGAAGUCUUUACCUGCUGGUUCUCUGAGUCGGCUGGACUGUGCUGUACUGGGUCUGGGGGACUCCUCCUACCCAAAGUGAGUCCUUCUCAGGUCUAGAAUCCCCACAGCGAACAUACAUUGUCCUGUUUUUCAUUAAAUGCAUCAGCUCUUUUCAUCCUCAGGUUUAAUUUCGUUGCUAAGAAGCUUCAUAAGCGCCUUGAGCAGCUUGGGGCAAGUACGCUGCUGCCUGCUGGACUGGCAGACGACCAGCAUGACCUCGGGUGAGAGACUCCUCUUCUCAUGACUAGAGGGGUGAAAAUAAACUGAAAACACCAGCAGAUCCCCUUAUACUGAACAACUGAUUCCCACCUCCAAAUGUUCAGGAUCUAGAAAAAGUUUUCUCUAACCACCCAGUGUUAUACUAUCAGGUCAGACGCAGUGAUCGACCCCUGGCUAACGUCGUUCUGGGAGAAGGUUUAUGCUCUGUACCCGUCUCUGUCUGAUGUGACUCCUCUUAAAGAAGAUGAACCGUGAGUUUCACUCAGUCUCACUCAGCUUCUUGUUUAUUUGUGAGGUACUAAUAUCUGUUGCUGUGGAAUGACAAUCAAAAGGAUUUAUUUCUUCUCUUGCUUUUUUGUCAGGCUCCCUCCAACGUACACUUUCCACUUCUUGAAUGAUGUGAACGAGAAGAUGGAGGACAGGCUGCAGAGUCCUCCUGCCCCCUCUCAGCCUCGCCCCUUUCCCUGCAGAAUCGUGACCAACAGGAGAGUAACAGACGUGUCUCAUUUUCAGGAAGUGAGGCUCAUCGAGUUUGAUAUCACUGGAUCCAACAUCGAGUGAGUAACACAACAUAAACCUAUAAAUAAAGGAUGCCAGACUUCAGGAAGCUGUAACAGGCUGAUUCAGUUGGGAGGUGCAGCAUGUAUUUUGUCACUUAUCUGCCACAAAUGUGCUGCAGGUACAGAUUCCUCCAUGCAUCGCUUUUGUGUUUAUUUUUGAUUCUUUUUAUCAUGAAACAUUUCUGUAACAAAGACACAACCACUAACCAGGGGUGAUAACCUGGCCUCUGUUGCCAUCACUCUAAUUUUUGAGAAGUUCCUCACACAAAUACUCUUUUGAACUCUUGAUGAACUGUGGUUUUGCUGUGCAGGUUUGCAGCCGGUGACGUGGUCAUGAUGUAUCCUCAGAACUCAGCUGAGGAUGUUCAGCAGUUCUGUCAGUUUUUAAGAUUAGACCCAGAGGCUAAAUUCACUCUCAGAGCCACAGAUAACACUGCAGGUAGGUGUGUGGUUGUUAUUGCGUGCAUUGUUCGUCAUGACUGUUUUUGAAUCAUUGAAAAGAAAGACAUCAGUCUGGGGUUGCUAUGAGCUGUAAGAGUUCAUUUCAAGUGAGAGGUGGUUUAAAGCACCGUGAGACAACAACCUUCCCAACCACAGAAACCUUUUUUCUUUAGACAGUUUUGAGGACCCAGUGUUUUUUUUUAUUUAAAAUGAAUACAUCAAACAUCUUAUUUUGUUUAUGAUUCUUACUGUAAUAUCAAAAGGGAUUACAUUUCAGAUUCUUCUCUUUUUCCUCAGUCCCAUCCAGGCUUCCUCAGCCAUGCUCGGUGCACCACCUGGUGAAGGAAUACCUGGACAUUGCUGCUGUUCCUCGACGCUCUUUUUUCGAGCUUUUGUCCACCUUCUCCACCAAUGAGCUGGAGCGAGAAAAGCUGCAGGAGUUCAGCUCAGCGGCCGGACAGGACGAUCUACACAGCUACUGCAACCAACCCCGACGCACCGCACUGGAGGUGAAAAAUCAGGGUUCCCAUAGAUCCUUGAAAAGUCUUUGAAAAUAUAGGGUCUAAAAUGCCUUUAAGAGUCUUCCUUUUACUUGUCUUAGAUUUAAGGCGUCUGAAUAUAUAAUCAAUUUUACUCUGUCAACGACACAAAUAUCAAAAAACCCCAGAACGUUUUAUAACUCAUGAACAUGUCUCAAAUAAACACAACAUAUAUUUAGGACACAAUAAUUAAUAUUAAAGACAUUGGACAUUGGAAUAAAACAUUUUUUGUAGAAACCUGAGCAAAUUUCAAAAACAUCAAACAAUUCUGGAAGUGCAAAAACUUUUGAAAACACAAACAUUAAACACAAAUCGAUGUCAAAAAAUAUGUAUUUGAACUCAAAUAAAACUUUAUAGCAAAUAUUUUAGAUAUUUUAGAAUUUGAGUUUCCAAAAUUUUUGUUUUCAAGAUUUGCAUUUUUGAAAUAAUACAUGAAAAUUUUGUGUUCAUGUGAAACAUUUUUAUGUUUUGUAAAACGUUUGUGUUUUAUGAAAUAUUCUUUUUUUUUUUUUUGCCUUCCUGAAAUAUUUAUACCUUUUAAACCUUAGAGCCACCGUAGUAUACUUAACCUGCCAUCAUGGAAUCAGCUCUUUUAAUCACUCCCAAACCCGUAUAAGGUUUUAGAAUCCUUUAGAGCAGAGCCAGUGAAUUCAUGCAGCAGCUGUUAUUGAACUGUCUCAUUGGAUGUCUGGUGAUCUUCUCUCUGUUGCAGGUGUUGGCUGAUUUCCCUCACACUACAGCUGAACUCAAAGUCGACUAUCUGCUGGAUCUGUUCCCUGAGAUUCAGCCUCGUUCGUUCUCCAUCGCGUCCUCUCUGCAGGUAGAUCAUCAUUCACGGGGACCGUUUUUACAAAUUUGAUGUCUGAAUGGCUAAUGAAAUGAUGAAACAGACAUAUUUCAUAUUUUUAACAUAUUUGAAGUCUGUCCACGAAAAGCUCUUAUUUUGAGCUGUCAGUUAGUGCAGCGGUUUAACCGUGGAGUAAUGGCAAAAACUGCCUCUAUACACCAGUAUUUUUUGGUGUUAGUGUGCUGCAGAAGUCUUUUGUUGGAUCAGAAAUCACAGUAAAACCUUGUCUUGUCCUCUCUCGUCCUCAGGCUCAUCCAAACAGGCUGCAGAUCCUGGUCGCUGUAGUUCGUUACAAAACCAAACUUUAUAAUCCAAGAAGAGGUCUCUGCUCCACCUGGUUAGCUUCCCUGGACCCUGAACAAGGUCUCACACUCACACUCAACAUUAUGCCACUUUUUAUAUUUAUAACACAAGGCUUUCACACAGAGACAUAAAACUUUUUCUUUAUCUAUUUGUUUGCACUGAAGAAUUUCAAAAUGGAUUAAAAAAAGUAAGAAUAAGUAGUAUUAGUGCAUAUAUAAUAAAUAUUUUAACAGAAAUCAUACAAAUUUUUCAGAUACAUGUUUUUAAGAGCACAUGUGAUUUAUUUGUUUGUUGAAAUUGUUUUUAUUCAGAGGAGGUUUUUGUUCCUCUGUGGGUGAAGAAAGGCAGUAUGAAGUUCCCCAAAGAUCUGGACACACCUGUGAUCAUGGUUGGACCUGGGACAGGUGUGGCUCCGUUCAGGUCGGCCUUACAGGAGAGGAGGGCUGAGGGGAAACACGGUGAGAGUUUGAACUCUUUGAGUUUGUUUCUUUUCGUCUCUAAAUUAAAACCUAACCUCAUCCUCCUCGUGUUCAGGCAACGUCCUGUUCUUCGGCUGCCGCUCCGAGUCCAAAGACUUUUACUUCAGGUCUGAGUGGGAGGAGAUGAUGAAGUCCGGACAUCUGAUGCUUUUCACUGCUUUUUCAAGAGACCAGGUCAGACACGCAAACAGUCGGUACAAGUCAAAAAGAAAUAGCUCAGCAGUGAAUGCAGAAAAACAAACCAUGACCCAUGUCACAACCAGUCACUAAAGGAAAUCUGUUCACCCACCUGUUCAGAGAUACACAUGCAAGGUUUGUGGAAAGUCAGUGGAUUUUAAGAACUGCGAGUUGCACGCUUGGAGAAGAUUUGGGAAAUGAUUAAACAGAAAACUGUGGAAAAGUUUUGGAAAUUUUCUUGUUUAAAAAAAUCUGUUGUGUCACAGUUUACUAUCAACUAUUUUCCAUCAAAUCAUGAAUUGUAGUCCAAAUGUACUGUGAUGAAUAUUGACAUGGAUUUCUUCUUGAUUUUCUCGGACAGUAUUUGUGAGAAUUAUCCCUAAAUUUGUGAUUUAUUUACAAAACUGUGUAUGAAACUUUGCACUUAUUUCCUCUCUGCAGCUCUGUAACACUGGCUGCACUUUUUCAGGAGUAAAAUCUGUAAUAAUUGAAGUUUUUUAUUCCAGGAGGAGAAGAUUUACGUGCAGCACCGUGUGAAGGAGAACGCCAAGCUUCUCUGGGAUCUGAUCACCAAUAAAAACGCUUGUUUUUAUAUCGCAGGGUGAGUCAAAGGCAGCAAAACUUAGUUCAAUGAAGUUUAUUGAUGAAACAAAAAGAAGCAGAGUCAAAUAUUGUUUUUAAAUUCUGUUUUAUGCAGAAGUGCCAAACAGAUGCCCAACAGUGUGUGUGACGCUCUGAAGGAGGUCUUCCAGCAGGAAGGCGGCGUGUCCUCUGAGGACGCCGAGCAGAUGCUGGACAUCAUGGAGAAGACUGGACAAUUCCAGAGUGAGACCUGGUCCUGAUCACGAGUCUGUUUAAACCCUUCAGUCCUCAAAAAUGACUCAUUGGUUAUCCAUCAUUUCUUAUAUCAACAUUGACACGAACAAGAGUUCAUGAAGAGGAAAUAUCAUCCAGUGACAGACAAGGGAAAGGUUCAGCGUGGAUCAUAGUUUUAUUGUUCUUCAAGAAACAUUCGUUCAGGCGUCCUCUACUCUACCAAGCUCCAACCAAAAGUACUUUUGGUUGGAGGGCUUUUCAAAUAAGGGUCCAUUCAUUUUCUGGAAACUUAAGUGUAUUUUAGUGCAAAAACCACAUCUGUUUUUGCCAACUCUCAAUCUGGAUCCUUAAAAAAAGGGCAAAUAAGUAACCUUCUUACAGCCUAGUAUGUAUUGGCUUUUACACAAAAUAAAUAAAGAGGGGGCAUGGGUGUUAUAUUUAAUGCAAUUCCUGUUUUUUUAAAACUGCCAAGUAGAAAAUGAAAAAGAUGAAUGUAUGAGAAUAAAAAAACCAUUAAAUAAACCAGGUAAGUUUAAUUACCUGAAAAUGGUGAAGCCAAUUUGACGUUGCUGUGAAAGUAAUGCAGUGGAAAGGACCAAUCAUGAAGCAGUACACAAUUAAUAAAAUAAUCAAUAAUAAACAAUAAUUUAAAGACUUUUGUUUGGCUGCUGUGACUGUUCAUUGUUGAACUUUGCUGAAGAUAAACACCAAACAGCGUGAUACGGCUCAACUAUUCAUCAAAUAACAUUAAAUAAAAAUAAAAAAAACAAGACUGUAAGUUGUCUAAUCAAGCUAAUGUUACUUAAUUCUCAUCUUUUCAUGCACUUUUUCUGCCUUUAGUGUAUGCAGAUGUGAUUCGUUCAUUUUGCCUCAUGAGCCCAGAAAUAAGCAAAUUAUUUCAAAAUGCAAAUAAUUGGCCCAAUCAAUGAGUUGGUCUAUCUCUGUUGGAGACACUGCUAAAACAACUCUGAACAUCAGUACAAAUGGAUGAUAGUAUGUAAGUCAGUCAGCUGUGUGUGUGAAUGAAGGUAAUGAUGAAAUGAUCAGAGAAGAAAACCUUAAGACAAAGCAGCUUUACAUUUUUACUUGUUUAAAAUUACAAUCCUUUGAUAUGAAUCACAUCAGGUUAUAAAAUUCUUGUUUUUAAACUUCAUCAUCAUCUCACAUCAUGACUUUCAGGAUUUGAAUUGUGUCACUUCUGUAGGAUUUAGCUGUUAUUCUAACCAUCAGUUGCAUUCAGUGAUUUAUUUGGUAAAUUCCAGUACUAAACCAGACUGAGUGUCUACUGUAACACAUUAUUUUAAAACUGAGGAACACAUCUUUCACCUACAAGUAAAAAUACAAA